AUGUCCGAACCAAAUACAGCCGUGCCCGCCUCUAACCGAGAACAGAAGGCCGUCCCUGUUGCCCCAAACGUUCCUGUCGACCCGUCAGUCAAUACAUGGUCACGCUUCAUCACUACGUUCGAGGUGUCUGAAUUCACUGACUGGAUUGACGAGAGCCUGUCGUGGAAGAAGACCUGCUAUAUUGGCGACUGGUCCCCCCUCCUCAAGAUGAGAGUCCGCGGCCCGGAUAGCAAAGAGUUUUUCGAGUAUCUCUCUACGAACCACUGGCCAAGCUUCCAGUCAAACCAAGCCAAGCAUGCAGUCUUUUACCGAGACAACGGAACCAUCAUUGGUGAAGGAGUUCUCAUGAUGCUCGGCCAUGAUGACUUCAUUUUUACUUCUGUUCCCGGAGUUACCUGGGCGGUCUAUCAGUUCCAUCACGGAAAUCGAAAGUUCAAUGCCACAGUCGAUAUCGUUUCUGAUGAUUGA